UAAUAAUAGUAAUAACAUUGCAUGAACGCUGCCUGUGUUUCGCGUGGAUACAAUAUUAUAGACCCAUUACUUUCAACAUAAUCUUUUCGAGGCACUGAAGAGGCUGAGAAAGCCGAGUCUGAGACAAUGAAUGGGCAGCCGGAAAUCGAGGCAGACUACAAGAAGAAAUACAAAAACCUGAAAAGAAAGUUAAAGUUCUUGGUUUACGAGCAGGAAUGUUUUCAAGAGGAGCUACGGAGAGCUCAGAGAAAACUUCUCAAAGUUUCUCGUGAUAAAAGUUUUUUGCUUGACAGACUGCUCCAGUAUGAACACGUCGAUGACGAUUCUUCAGAUUCUGACGCAACAGCAUCUUCGGAAAACAGUGAUGGAGAGGCCCAGAGAGCAACUGAAAAUGCUGGUGUGAAAAAACGUAAAAGCAGCCCUCACCUGCCAGGCACCCCCUCUCCGUCCUCCAACACCCUCUCUCUGCUUCCUAGAGGAGGCUACAAUCCUCUGCAGACUGGGACCAGCGCCCCCUACCUCAAUACUCUGCCCUUCCCCCCUGAGUAUCUAGCGCCCCCUGCUGACAAAAACAGGAAGGAGAAAAAAUGUAAAAGCAACAAGCACAAGAAACAAGCAGCACCCAAGGUGGUGGUCCCCCCUUCUCCAGCUUCGUCAGCCCCCUCCUUCCCGGUUGCAGCUUCUGCCAUGCCCCCCCAGCCGUUCAGCUCCGUACCCAGGCAGAUGCUGAGCGGGGAUGCCCCAGAAGAAGAGAGCGAGGGAGAGAGUGAGAGGGAGGAGGAGAGGGGAGAGGGGGAGGAGGCAGAACUGGUCAUUGACAUCCCAAACGAGUGAAACUGCCUGCCCAAUACCAUUCUGACAAUUCUUUGAUUGCUGAUCUUGAAAACUGAUUUUAAAAAAAAAAGACACUUUGUUAUCUUCACUUUUCACAGAGACCUUUUGUGACUUGUAGAUAAGUUCAGAAAAGAGAUUUGUUUUUGUUUUGCCUUGUUAAUCAAGGUAACGAUGAUAACUGAUCUGAAGAACUGAUGCUGUUUAUUGUACAAAGGCAAGGGUUGUCAUCCUAUUCAUUUCAAUGGGCUAUGUGAUGUCAGAUCCGUGUCCAGAGAGAUCACACUCUCACAUGGGUAUGGACUCUGGACCCUGGUUCUGUGGAAUGGCAAUCUGUAUGCAGCUUGUACCAUGCCACCUACCUUCCUGUCACUGAAAGUAAAACCUAGUCAGAUUGGAGUGUUCCUGCACUGUGAAGUGGGGCAGGUGUCUUUUUACAAUGCAGGUGACCCAUCUCUACACUUUCAUUGAAAAAUGAACUAAGAAACUAAUCCAAGUCUUAUUCACGGAGGUAAAAAUUUGAAAUAAGAAUUGACAACCUGUAGUUUCGGAUAAUCAGUUUGUGGUUUUUCUAUCUGCAUGUGCUGUUACUAGUCACUUAAAUACUUUCAAACUUAUAAUGUCAAAACUUAUUUUUUACCAAUUCAUAAUGUUCAAAAAUGAUUUUUUUUUUUAAGUUUGGUAUGAAGACAUGUGUGUUGUUUUCACACCUUUGCUUUGGAUCUGGGCUUUAUUUAUCAUGAUAGCAGCACACGACAAUGCACAAGCACAGAAAACCACAUCCUCUACAGCACAUCGGUUGCCUCGUUCCAUUCCCUUAUUUUUAAUAACAGUCAGUCAUGCUAUAACUGUUCAGACUUGUUAUCUUUCGUCUUUUAAUCAAGUGUAACAUUUAGCAGACGCUUUUAUCUAAAGCGACUAGGGGUGAACUAUGCAUCAACAGCUGCUGCUGCAGAGUCACUUACAAUAGGACCUCGGUUUUACGUCUCAUCCAAAGGACAGAGCACAGGGAGGUUAAGUGACUUGCUCAGGGUCACACACAGUGAGUCAGUGGCUGGGAUUGAACCUGGAACCUCCUGGUAACCACUGGACCAUCAAAUCUCCUGCUACACCAAACACAAAAAGGCCUUAAAAGACGUUCAAACAGAGCAAGACAGCAGUUGUGAACUAGAACAGGUUUAUUGAACCGAUUUAUAACAUAAAUAAAAUACGUUCGCACACCCUGGAUUGCAAAAAAGAGUUAUCUGUGACCAAUCCAGCCGAUUUGCGGGACAAAAACAAAUGUCCCACUUGUCACCACAAACCGGUAACAUUACAGAAUGGGGAAAAAACACAAAACCACUGAAUGUAAAUUAAGAUUUUUUUUGACAAGAAGAGGAUGCACAUUUACCUUGUGGUUUCGGGGGGUUUGUUUAUGUCUUCUGAAUGAAAUUCUUGACCCUGGCUCGUGUUUUUAUUUGUAUGGGAAGACUGACAAGCAAUUAGUAGUAAUAAGCACCGAGAGGAUUUAGCAAACAACGGUGUGUUCAUUGAAUUUCAGUUUACUAGGACUAGUACUGUUACAUACUUUAUCAAUUAACUGUUUAAAUUAAACCCAUUGGUUUCAGCACUUUCAAUCACAGCAAACUGCUGCAUUAAAAAAAAACAGAAAAAUAAAAACAUUUCCUCAGCCACUGAAAUCUGCCUAGCAACACAUUCUGCAGGCAGAAAGCCAACAUGGGGCAGAAUAUAUUCAGCAGCUUGCAGGGCCUUGUUGAUACUGUAAGACAAAGACAACAUUGUGAGGACUCUUAAACAUGCUGAGUCAAUACUUAAGGGCACAGCCCCCCAGGCGGAAAUUGUCUGUGAGGGGCUGGGGUUUUAACAGGUUAAAUGAAUGCUGAUUCAAUAUGAAUCUCAUUCAUUCAUUAAUAGUAAUACUGAGUAAAAGUAAG